AUGAAGUACUCCGUUGCUCUCGGUCUCCUCGCUGGCGCUGCCAUCGCCAAGCCCCACGGCCACGGCCACCUCCACAAGCGUCAGGUCACCGUCGUCGAAACCACAAUCGUCGAGGUGACGGCCACUAUUCUGGUUGCUCAGGACGGAGCCCGAGAGACUGUUCCUCCUGCCGUGCAGCCUACCACAGACGCCAAGUUCUUCGAAAAGCCCUCGUCGACCUCGAGCCCAAGCUCCUCUGCUCCUCCCAGCACCACCUCUACCUCCACUUCCACUUCCACUUCUACAACCUCCACCACCUCGACAAGCAGCACCUCAUCCAGCUCGAUCGUCGUUAUCCCGUCCUCCACCUCUACCUACGUUGCCCCUAUCCCAACCACCAGCAGUAGCAUCGUCAUCGAGGUUCCUACCACUACCAUCGCUCCUAUUGUUCCCACCACCACCUCCCAGGCCGCGGCACCCACCACCUCCGCAUCCUCCGGCGGCGGAAGCGGCCAGGUGUUUUCUGGUGAGGGCACCUAUUUCAAGAUCGGCCUCGGCUCCUGCGGCGGCACCAACUACGCCGGUCAGGAUCUCUCCCAGCCAGUCGUUGCCCUCGCCGCCGCCUACUACGAGCAGGCGAAAACCAGCCCUUGCGGCAAGACCAUCCACAUCACCGCCGAAAACGGCAAUGUCGCCACGGGUAUCGUCAGCGACAAGUGCCCCGAGUGCUUGAUUGGUAGCAUUGAUCUCUCCGAGAUGCUCUUCGUCAAGCUCUUUGGCAAUACCGGUGUCGGUCGUGGCAAGCUGAGCUGGACCAUCGAGGAAUAA